CCGGGGGCGCGCGGGGGGCGGGAGAUGGCGAGCGUGGGGUUGCAGUUCCAGGCGAGCGCCGGGGACGCUGACCCCCAGAGCCGGCCCCUGCUGUUGCUGGGCCAGCUGCAACACCUGCACCGCGUGCCCUGGAGCCACGUCCGCGGGAAGCUGCAGCCCCGGGUCACCGAGGAGCUCUGGCAGGCAGCUCUGGCCACGCUCAACCCCAACCCCACGGACAGCUGUCCCCUCUACCUGAACUGUGCCACAGUGGCAGCUCUGCCUUCCAGGGUGAGCCGGCAUAACAGCCCUUCCGCCGCCCACUUCAUCACCAGGCUUGUGCGAACCUGCCUGCCACCUGGAACCCACCGGUGUAUCCUGAUGGUCUGUGAACAGCCUGAGGCUUUCGCCUCCGCCUGUGCCCUGGCCCGGGCCUUCCCACUCUUCACACUCCGCUCAGGGGCAUCCCGUCGCACAGAGAAGAGGACGGUUGUGGUGGAAUUCUUCCUGGUGGGACAAGACAAUGGCCCGGUGGAAGUGUCCACCUUGCAAUGUUUGACCAAUGCCGGAGAAGCUGUACGGCUAGCUGCCCGCAUUGUGGACACACCGUGCAAUGAGAUGAACACAGACAUCUUCCUUGAGGAGAUUACUCAAGUUGCAAAGGAGCUGGGGAUCACCCCCACCAUCAUCCGGGAUGAGCAGCUGAAGACCAGAGGAUUUGGAGGAAUCUAUGGGGUCGGCAAAGCUGCCCUCCACCCGCCUGCUCUGGCCAUCCUCAGCCACACCCCUGAUGGGGCCACGCAGACCAUUGCCUGGGUGGGCAAGGGUAUCGUCUAUGACACUGGUGGCCUCAGCAUCAAAGGGAAGACCACCAUGCCAGGGAUGAAGCGAGAUUGUGGGGGUGCCGCAGCCGUCCUGGGAGCCUUCAGAGCCGCCAUCAAGCAGGGUUUCAGAGAUAACCUCCAUGCUGUGUUCUGCUUGGCUGAGAAUGCUGUGGGCCCCAAUGCCACCAGGCCUGAUGACAUUCACCUUCUGUACUCAGGAAAGACCGUAGAGAUAAACAACACAGAUGCCGAGGGCAGGCUGGUGCUAGCCGAUGGAGUGUCCUAUGCUUGCAAAGACCUGGGAGCUGACAUCAUCGUGGACAUGGCCACAUUGACUGGAGCACAGGGCAUUGCCACAGGGAAGUACCAUGCAGCCGUGCUCACCAACAGUGCCGAGUGGGAGGUGGCCUGCGUGAAGGCUGGCCGGAAGUGCGGAGACCUGGUCCACCCUCUGGUCUACUGUCCUGAGCUGCACUUCAGCGAGUUCACCUCAGCUGUGGCUGACAUGAAGAACUCAGUGGCGGACCGAGACAACAGCCCCAGCUCCUGCGCUGGCCUCUUCAUUGCUUCACACAUCGGAUUUGACUGGCCUGGGGUCUGGGUCCAUCUGGAUAUCGCAGCUCCAGUGCAUGCUGGCGAGCGAGCCACGGGCUUUGGUGUGGCCCUCCUAUUGGCACUUUUUGGCCGUGCCUCCGAGGACCCGCUGCUGAACCUGGUUUCCCCACUGGACUGUGAGGUGGACGCCCAGCAGGGUGAUGAUGUGGGACGUGACUCCAAGAGACGCAGGCUCGUGUGAGAGACGCAGGCUGGUGUGAGAGACGCAGCUCGUGUGAGAGACGCAGGCUCAUGUGAGCGCUCCUUCCCACCUGGUGACAUGGGUUCCUUACCUCAUUUGCACUGGCUGACUGGUUUUAAGCAUUUGAGAGAUUAGAUCUUGAGAUGAGUUUGGCUUUUCCUUCUGUAACCCGUGGUGAUGGGAGUGGCCAUUCUUCUCUUAGAAGACAGCUUAGCGUUUGGUGGGAUCUGGUGAAGGCUGUCACAGACCUCCUAAGUCGGCUUCUGCAAACUCACUGUCCCUUGUCCCCCACCUGGUCUUUAGAACCACCUCAGGUCACCUCUGUGGUGAGUGCACUUCCUGAUCCAGGCCCUUGCUCCAGCUGGGGCUCACUGGGGUGCCCAGCCAGCCCAUGCCUUGGUAGAUGUGACUGGCCGUUAGAGGCUCCAUGCUGUGAAGCAGGAAGAGCCUCACAGCCCUCCAGUUCACUUGAAGUUGAAAUAAAUAUGACCACAACAUA